AUGUCUGUCAUCUCUUCGUUGCCAAUAAUAGAUCUCACACCCUUUCUCACUCCCACUUCAACUCUCUCUGAAAAACAAGAGAUCGCGAAAGCACUCUAUACUGCUUGUCAUGACGUCGGUUUCUUCUACCUUACAGGCCAUGGAGUUCCAGAAGAACUACAAAAUGAAGUAUUGGAAGCAGCCCGUGAGUUUUUUAUGACCGCCACCCAGGAGGAGAAGCAGGCUCUUGAGAGGAAAGAGAUAGACGAGGGAGGCGAUGGCGCAAGAGGUUGGCAAAAGCUGGGCGAAAACAUCACUAUGGGAUCGGGGGAUUGGCACGAAGCCCUUGACUACUACCACCCACCUCUCUCCGACACCUCUUCUGGUCCCCCCUACGAUAUUGUCCAGGGCCCAAACCCCUGGCCGGAAAAACCUCCACACUUCCGUUCCCUCUACGAGGCCUAUAUCGCGGGUCUUCACACUGUUGGGCAUGCCCUUCUCCGCGCCAUGUCGCUCGCCCUAUCCUCCACUGAAGACCUCUUCACCCCUCACCUUACCUCGCCGUUCUGGUGUCUCCGCGCCAUCGGAUACCCUCCGCUACCUGCUACCUCUCCGGGUAUCAGUUGUGGUGCCCACACAGACUACGGGUGUACGACCUUCCUGUUAGCUGACGAGACGCGGGGCGCACUGGAAGUCCGGGAUAAGCAAGGCGGAUGGAUAGGCGUAGACCCGUUGAAGGGUGCAUAUGUGGUUAAUAUCGGGGACAUGUUGGAGGUAUGGACAAACGGACUAUGGAAGAGUACGGUGCACAGGGUUGUGCAUAGAGGGACAGGAUUUAGGGUCAGUGUUCCGUUCUUCUUUGAGCCGGAUUGGGAUGCGAGAGUGGAGCCAUUGCAGUGUUGUCUGGAGAAAACGGGGGGAGUGAGGAAGUAUGAAGCCAAGGUUUAUGGACUAGAAAAUUACUCACAAACGUUGAUUCACGGCCUGGACUUGGAGUUGGUGCUAAGUAAGGAAGUACUGGACAUGUUCUGUAAUUUUUGUCCCUCGGCUUGUAAUUUCUACCAUGCUCUCGUUUUUGGACCAGUGUCACCCCAAAGUGUGUGA